GCGCCGCCGGGUGGGAGGACCGCGCCGGCCGCGCGCCCGACCCAGCCUAUCUGGCCUAGUAUAUAAGGGGAAGUCCCCGUCAGAUUUGGCACCAGUCGCUCAGUGCUCUUCUCUCCUCCACACACCCGGGACUUCCCUCCGCCGGCGCAGACAUGAUGAAGCUCGCGGUCGUUGCAACCAUGCUGGUGGCAGUGGCCUACGCCCAGCUACCCCAGCAGCCCAUCCCCAUCCUGAGGCUCGAGUCCCAAAUUCAACCCGACGGCAAAUUCCAGUACUUGUACGAGACGGGUAAUGGCAUCCAGGCCCAGGCCAUCGGCGACCAGAAGCCCGCCGGCCGCGACGGCCCCAUCCAAUCCGUGCAGGGCCAGUACGCCUACACGGCUGACGACGGCACCCCGGUCCAGAUCUCCUACAUUGCCGACGAGAACGGCUACCAGCCCCAGGGAGCCAUCCUGCCCACGCCUCCCCCAAUCCCCGAGGCCAUCCUGCGCUCCCUGGAGUUCAACGCCCGCAAUGGUCCUCAGCGGAGGAAGUGAACGGCUCGACUCGCGCCUUAGACAAUAAGCCCUUCCCCCAUAGACAUUCUAUUCUAUUGAAUAUGGCCUUCCUGUUUUCGGGCUCUGUGAGUCCACCUACCUAGUGUACAUACGUGAAAGCAAAAAAAUAAAAAUAAAUAUAUAUACAUAGACAA